GUUUUCCCAAGUUUUGGAAAUGUUUCCCAAAGUUGUGCAGCAAAGGCGACCUCGGACGUUAUGGUGUUUAAAUCUCUUCUACAGCGUCGAUAGCUUUUUCUCGUAUAAUGGCAGCAAUAUAAGUAACACGGUUUUGUCCUUCGGAGAUGCGGCAACACUGGGUGUUUGUCAAGAAAAGACAGUGGAAAUGUUAUCAACCGCUUUAACGUUGAGAAACAAUGCAGCAGCCCGUUAGCUAGCGGCUGUCCUUGUUGAGGGUGGCACAGCGACAGACGAAUGCUUCAGGUACAAUUGAACGCGAAGAGGGUCGCGAUAUGGUUAUUAAUUUUAAAUAUACAAACGUCAUGUUUGUUUCUACCUCUGCUGCAUUACGGUUUUUACUACGAUGUAAGCCGGCUUGGAACCGGUGGAGUGGAGAAUGGUGCUGGACACGAGCAGUGUUAUGACUGUACUUCUCAGGAUGCGUCAUGGUACACAACGCGACCACCUCCUCCUCUGCAGGAGAAACAGGAGGUGAGUGGCGUAAUGUAAAAAAAACCCGAGUAUUUCACUAAGCUACUCGUCAUCUGCCCUUACUGAAUUGAAUCCUUCAAGUCAAUAAAGUUGUUUUUUCAAGUUGCUUUACCAUCCAAUAUGUUGUUGUACUUGUUUGUUGAUAUUGCACAUAGAAGCUUUGUCUUGUAGAAGAGCAUGUGCUUAUAGGUGUCCAAAGACUGGAUGGAUAAUGACAUUUAAAUUAAAGAAAGGUAAAAUCAAGAUACAACAUUUUUUUGUUUGUUUUCUAUUUCCAGGGCUCCUUUUGGAUCCAUGUAAGGACACAUGACUCUGGUGGAAACUCCAAAGAAAUGGCAUUGCUCAGGAUGGAAGGUUUGUUUGUUUGUUUGGAUCACUGCUUAACUUGUUAUUAAGUAGUAGACAAAGCAACUUAACAGCUGAUGUUGUUAGUAAUAAGGUUUUUGAAAGUUUAAAAUGCAAAGUAUUUUCUAUUACAAUGUACACUAAUCAACACCUAAUACAAUCCUAUAGCAUAAAUUCUACUUUAAGGUAGCUUCAAAAGUUUCAGGUUUUGUUGACAUGAUCAGGCAGGUGAUUAUUGUGCUUUUGUAAUGGAGUGUGCUAUGUUGAAAGUUGUUCCUUAUAUUUUACCUGCUUGAUUUAGAUUGACUUUAUUCUUAUUUAUCCCAGCCAUGUCCAAAAAUGUAAUUUCACAUUUUAAAAAUGCGACAUUAUCCAUAUGGAUAACACAUUCGACAGCAAGACACAUAAUUCAUUCAAGAGUAAACUUGAGAGAGGCAAAAUAUUAGGAACACCUUUCAGUGUAAUUUACCCAGGUUACACCACAACACUUAUUACAACAAUUAAUUCAAAGAACAGUUAUCACUUCCCUGACCUUAAAACAACAAAAAUGGAUAUUUAAAAGCUGCCUAAAAGUAAAAUUUAUGGUAGAGCUGUUGUGUUUAGUUGCAUUCACUUGUCCAAGUGUUCAUAGUGUCAUGGUUGUUGGUGUAUACUACUUAGACUGCUGUACUAAAACGAUGUCGUAAAAUGUUGAAGAAUAAUCCAAGUAUUUUACAUAAAUUUAGUUUAUUAAACUUAUAUAUGAGAAAUUUGUAGCUGUUGUGGGUGGUUAAAUCUAACUGACCUAAACUUACCCAGACAAGUAUGAUUGAAGUCAACUGGCCUGUGUUGCUUUGCUUUCUUCAGAGGGCCCACUGUAUUCCUCAGCUCCCGCUGGUCCAUGGGGAAACUCCAUUUACUCCUCAUUUACCUACAUGUCAAACAUGUUGCAUCUCAGGCGCAGCAGAAGCACACUCACCAGAAUCAACCCAGGCCACGCUCUGCCUCAGGUGUGUUUCUUGGAAGUGCUUUGGUUGCUUUGAUAGUUCUGCACACUUCAUGAGUUCGUUUGAUUUAUUUUUCAAACCUUUAUGCCGAAUGUUUGUGUUGGAUUUCAGCUUUGACCUGAUGAUCCCUGAAAAGAUUGUCAGUAUUACACCAGAUUGGAAGAAGUAAAUUACAGGUGUAAUUUCAUGUUUCUGCAGGUUCAGAGUGUAGCACCUCCAUCAUCAUUUGGGGUCAGAUUUCACAAGUGUGCACAGGUACAUAAAUAUUAUUGCUUCAGAAGAGGACAUUUGAUUUUUCCUCUAGCUUCAAUCUGCAAAUGAACAUGUUGAAACCCACCAUUUAAUGACACUCAAAUCGAUCAAUUAUGUGUUUACCAGGCGAAGUUGGACACUGUUCCUCCUCAGCUGACCUUCUUCAUCCUGAUUCACAACAUGGGCCCAGUCGGGGGUACCAACCUGUCUCAGGUGGCUAUCCGAGAUUCAAUCUCUGGAAUAGUACCCCUGAAAACUGAGGGCAGAGUGGUGGAAAGGGGCUAUCAGACAUUUGCAAUUGAUUCACUGUCUGGUAUGUAUGGGAGCUGAAUUUUAUAAAAAUAAGACAAUCUUUAAAAAUGUUUUGUUGGUGCUAGAGUUUUUUUUUUCAUUUUCUAAAAGCUGCAUCCACAACAUAUUGAACAAUGCUAAUGUUUUUUGUUGUUGUUGUUGUUUUCAGCUGGAUCAAAAGUUAUUGUCAACUAUACUGCAAGUGUAAGGAGUCAUAAGAGUGAAGUACUGAACCUUCCAGCUUUUCUCACCUUCUCUAAUGCCUCACAGGUAUUUUUUUCUGCUGCCUAGUUUCUGCUCCUUUCACUGGAAAAACAAUCUUCAAAACUGGCAACUUUGUGAAACAAAAAUCUGCUAUUCAUUUUCACCACGUCAACAUUUGGAGUACAAUUGGGACAUUUUCUUCUUACCCAGUGUUCUCUUGUAUCCACAGAAUGAUGUCAGCAUGUUUGGUCCGUUAACAGCUAAUCUAACCUUGAGGGUAAAUUCCACAGACAGGGUAAGUCCAGGACAGUUUGAAAGCACACCUUCAUUUUCAAGUUGUGCACGUUUUUCUGAUCAAUUUCGAACACAUAUCAUUAACUUGACAAUAUGUUGGCUGUGUCUUCCCACUCCUCUAGAUUUAUCCAAAUCAUGGAGUGCAUUUUGCUGGAUAUGUUGUUGGUUUAUUCGUCACGUUGGUGUUGCUGUCACUUGGAUUUCUUGCCAUGAACUUGAUAGGUCCAAGAACCAGAUUAAACCUUCUUCAACAAAGGGUAACAAAAAUUUUCUAUUUCAUUAUGUUUCAUUGUAUGACACAGAUUGAAUGCAACAUGUGUUUUUUUUUUAGCAUACAUAUUCAUGUUUAAGAAUGCUAUCCUUUUGAUGUUGAUGAUAAUAUUUAAGAUAUUUCAUUUUGUGUUUCUAAUUUUAUAGAAUUGACUUGCAUAAACUUGUCAGUGUACUUUGUUUGCAGUGAUUUAGUUCAGCAAAAUGUGAAUAAGAUAUGAACAUGUUUUCCGGCUUCAGAGAAAUAGAUGUGAUUCAGACCCAGAGUAUGCAGACUGUGACAUCAGUGAGGCGAUUAAAGAAGAGGCAACAUUUGAAGACAAACUGGUCGACAUCAUGGUGCUGGAGGAACCCCAGAACAUGUAUCAGGCUUUGGAGAAGUGAGUAACCUCAUUUAGAGAGAGUUGAUAACUCUGUAAGGCUUGACAAAUGUUACCAGAACAAAUUUCAAAUCCAGUAAAUGUUUACUCGAUUUUUUUACCCCUUUAAGCCUUGAAAUGUCAACACUGCUGCGUGCAACCAACAACCUGGAAACCAUCCGGAUUCAGAUCUACAAGGAUGUGAUAUCCUCCCUGUUCAGUGGCCUGCAGUCCCAGGGCCAAGCGAGUGCCCAGGCUCAGCAGAGGCUGCUCAGUGUGCUUCAUGGACAACUGCUGGGCAUGGAGGGUCGACUGAAGGAAGAGCGAGGAGCCCGCAUGGCUGCACUUGCCGGCCGGUGUAACCUGGAGACUCGGGAGGAAAUGGAGGCUGAACAUCGCAGAGCGGCUGCCGAAAAGGCCCAGGCUGAGCUGCUGUGUCAACAUGCAGACCAAGAAGUAUUAAAAAUCAUUAUUCCUUCUAAUAUUUGUCAUGGUGCAUUUUAGUAUUUUGUCUCUCAAAAGACCAACAAAAUCAGAUACUCUGAACUUUUGAGAAACAGUCUAAACAAAGGAGGUUGUCUUUUUUUGGUAGUUAUGAUCUAAGAUGAAACCUUUUUACUUGAUAUCACAAAACUCUAUUACCAGGAGCUCCUCCACUGCAGCGUCCUCCUUGAGAAGCUACACAAGCUGAGCCAGAGUCAGCUCCAGCGCGUCUUGUUGGUCCGACAUGAGGAAGCUUCAGCCAAGAUCCAGAGGCAGAUCAUUGAGUGGCGCCGUGUAGAGCUUCACAAGAUUUUCUCUGAGGAGCUAGAAGAGGCCACCAGGAUGGGCGAGCUGGAGAGGAGUACAACCAAGAGUCUUCAGCACGAUUACUUCGCUUGCCAAGUGAGCAAAACAUUAACUUUCAAAGUGCUGUCACCGUGGAAACAGAAAUUUAAUGUGUAACUUUUUGGUGGCAUUUAGCACUUAAAGGUUGAGUUAUUCAACAUGCACACCUGCAGACAUGAAUAUAAAGCACACACACUUCAUAUCUUAUUUAAGUUCUUGUUUCAUUCUUUCCCACAAUAAUUAUUCUUUCUAAUUGACAUAUCCAAACACAUUUCGCAUUCUGUUUUCUGCCCAGGAUCAGCUUGAGGAGGUGCUUGAUGUUGUCCUUGCUAACCAGCGCUACAUGCUGUCGGAGCGCCAUGCACAGAGGAAGUUCUUGGUGCACAGCCUGCAAAGCCUCAAUGAUCUCAUUUCUGACACCUUCUCAAGCACCUCCAGCAGUUUGGACAGGUGGUUUGCUGUCAUCAGAAGGUUUGUACUGACUAUAGAUACCAGUUACAACAUCAAUUUGGUUACUUGUAUCCAGUUGUAAUGGUGAGGCAAAGUAGGAAUCUGUAGCAGGAUGAGCACACUGGUUUCAAACUGAAUUUAUUUUUCCAACCUUCAACAGCAAAUGUGUUUAUUCGUAUUAAUUGCAGUUAAACAACCAGGAAAACUUUGUGGGCAGCUUCUCAGAUGGAUUGUUCAUGUUUUUAUUCUGACAUGCUUUCAUAUCUCCACCAGGGGGAGCAUUGUGCCGACAGAACAGAUAGAGCAGCUACAGGAGAAGUCCCAGAAGGAGCUGGUAAUGGUGAGACAGAGACUGGAUGAGGCACUGAGCCAGGAGAGGAGGGCCAUGCGCUGUGGGCUGAUUAAGAAGAGAAGGGAGCUCAUCUCUGAUAUGGUGAUAACAUUUAAAGGCUUUUAUCCUCUGGACACGCAUCAAGAAGAAUUACCAAGGAAUCAAUUAAAACAGCCGUUUCCUUCCCUCUGCAGCUUCAGAUCCACAAACAGGAACAGAAGGAUCUGUCAGGCCGGUCCAAGGCUGUGGAGGGGAAGAUGGACAUAGCCCAGCACCUGCACUGCUGGCAGAGCCUGCUGACAGCUCAGAGUCCGGGGCUAGCCGAGCUCAUCAACAACCUGGAUGAGGAAACUGCUGCCGACAUCCGCAAGGUGCUCUUCACAGAACAUAGCAGACAUUGACACGAUCUUAUAACUGUGAGAUAGACACAAACUACACCCUGUAAAGUAUACUGUAGAGCUGGUUGAGUUUCAUUUACCCCCUCUCUCAAUCCUCCUCCUGCUUAAUAGGUGACCAUGCGAGUGAUUCAGAGUGCCAUAACAGAUAUCAAAGCCAUCCAACCCUCUGCAAACCAGGCCCUGCUGUCACUUUUGCCUCUGGGAGCACAACGAACCCUGCUGCAGGUAGAACCAGAGGCAGGAGCAGGACAAGGGUCAAGCACUCUCCUGCAGGGCCAGGAGAAGCUGCACCAAGAAGGAAAGGCAGCGUUACGCACCCUUAGCUGCACCAGAGAGGCUCUGAGGGAGGCCAGGGAGAGAGAGCUGCAAGAGCAGAGGGAGCUCAGGUCACACUGCAGAGCUUUCUUCAGGUCAGUGACCGGCGACUUAAAUACAGAAGUUUGUGCUUCAAACACAGCGCUGAAGAGUCCUAUUAUUGGAGUCUCAUAACUUUUGUCCAUCAGCCGUCCUUUUCUCUUUCUUUUCCAGCCAUUUAUGCUCGUCACAGUUGACACUGUUUGAGGAUGACUGUCUCAGGAUGAAGCUCGAGUUUCAGAAGUGUUUGUCUGUGAUGGACCACAGUCUGGUGCUGCCUCAUGCUGUCUCCAGAGCGAAGCUGCAUACAGCUCUGGCAGCUCAGAGAAAGGAAAGCGAGCAGCAAAUGGUACUUAGAAACGAUAUCUUAUUUCAAACCUUUCAAAAAGUAUGUGGAAAUCAUUGGCCCUCCAGUUUAACACAUAAGCAAAAAUAAAGUUGUAAGAUGAUACGCUUUAGAGUUUUUACAUUGUUUAGAAAACACUGGAGAGAACCAACUCACAGAUAUGUUGUAUUUGUUUUUGAUAAGUAGUUUUGGUGGCUAAAUUGACAAUCUUAAAAUGUUUCUCUUGUAAUUACGUCAUUCUAGGUGAAGCGCUUUCAUCUGUAAUGAUGUUCGUACUUUGUUUUGACCCUGAAUCUAAAGGCAAUUCAAGGGAAGGAGCCCACAUGUCAAAAAGCAGCUGUAGAUUGGGUUAAUGGUGUGCUUAAAUAUGUUUUCAAUAAAUGACAAAGUUAAAAUAAUAACUUCCAGGGGGAAACCGCAUUGCAUUGACUUCAUCGCCGCAUGAUGAAGUCACAUUGUUAUUAAGGAAUAUAAGAAAUCACACAGAGUGGUUUUAUUUACGCACAAUGAGAAUCAAUUCCCAACAACCUUAUGGUUACUGUGGUUUUUGCAGUUACAUGUACAAUCCAAGGGGAAAACCAGGGAGGCCAGACAGAAAACUGACAAAUCUGACCUGCAAGUCUUCCAAAAAAUGCUCGAAGACAGGAUCAAACUGUUUGAGAAGGAGAAGGAGAUGGAGGAAGGCGUCACAAACAAGGUAAAGCUGGCACCUUUUUUUUGUCCUGACUGCACACAAGAUGAAGGGUAGAAAUCCAUCCACUCUCCAUGCUGCAGGUGAUGGAGGAGAUGCAGAAGGAGAGAGAGGAUGAGCUGUGUUCCAAAGCUGACAGCCUGGCCAUGCAGAUGGCAACAAUCCAUUACCAGAAGGCUGAGAGAAGGUCCAAGGUUUUGGAGACAUCUAGAGCCAUGCUCUCUCUGCACAGCCUGCUCAUCCAGCUCAUCAGAGAGAGAAAGAGUCUGCAGAGGCAGGAGAUGGCCCAGAGUAUUCAGAACCACUGCUUGGUAGGCAAAGCUUGACCAAGUUGUAUUAUUAAACCACUGAAAGGCUGUUUCUGGGUCUUGGUGUCUGCUGAAACUGUUACUCAAUCUCUGACUUCACGGAAUAUAAUUAAGUGUGAUUCAACUCUUGUUACAGGGCCUAGAAGAGGCAGAACAACAGCAUCAGCGGGAGAGAGCGGAGUGGCACAGCCUGAAGACGGUCAAGUCCAGAGUCAAAUCAAAUCCACCACAGAGUGAGGACUCAGAUGAGGGAGAGGAAGAGAGCCAGGAGGAGAGACUUUUUCAGCUGCAGCAGGAUGGCAGGAUGACGUUUAUCCUCCAGGAGGCACUCUACAAGUGUGAAGAGGUCAGCACAGUGUUGGCUGAGAGGUGAGCCAGCAUGUCAGUGUUAGCGUGAGAGGGAUCAGGAAUUCUAUGGGUCAGCACAGGCCGUUACAUUUCUCAGUGUUGAAACUCUUGUUGUUUUCAGGUUGCAAGAAGUGACUGCCAACAAUCAAGCCACGGAAGAUUUGAAAGAACAAGUUGAGCUCAGGAGACUUUAUGGAAACUGUGAUCAGGUCUUUAAUGUAACCAUUUUCAGAUUCAACACAAAUUUAAAGGCAGAGAAAGUCAAGAACAAUGUACUUAAGAAGGCUUUGUGCCAUAUGCUUUAUGUCAGGAUCUGGAUUUUACGUCACAGCUGGUGAAACUGAAUCAAAUUUCCCCUGAGGUUCUCCUGGAGGCCCUGCGUCUCCUCCUCCCCACUCUGCCUGAGAGUGAGCUCCUCUCCAUUACUGAUGCCCUGUGCCCCAAACAGCACCCUGUUUCACCAUCUACAGAGCAGGAACACACAGGGUAAGAACCAAACUUAGAUCAGUUUUUCACAGUUAAUUUUCUCAGUGGAGAUUCUUUUUGGCUGAAUAAGACUGUCGACAAUUAUUCAUGUCAGAGCAGGAAAUAUUCUCGGUAUUUCCAUUUGAGAUGUAUUUGGAAAAGUCUAUUAGACUUGUAAAUAUGCCAAGUUUGGCAUCUGUAGAAAGAGAAGGUUUUUUAUCUUGACAGUAAGAGACUCCGUGUGGACAAUUGAAUCUGUUUAAAAGCCUGCAAAUGGACAAACAACAUCACAUGUGGUUUGGCAAUCAAUGCUCAGCCAUUAGCUCUCAUCAGUGGCAAAAGGCCUAAAUAUGAAAGAAUAAGAAAAACAAAACAUGCUUGCAACGUGGAACUUGAGUAAAGCUGACAUAUUUCUCGUGUUAGUGCUCAGGCUCUUAUGAUGACUGUUGGCCUGCUGGAUUUUCUGUGGAUCUAUGAAGAAUACAGUAACAGAUGGUGUACUGUAGAUCAAGGCCCUGUGAAGUCCCAGACAAAACGCAGACUACUGGAGUAUUUUAAUAGAGUUUUUUAACUCCAUCUGAUGUCAUAUUUGAGUAUUCCCAAGACUAAACACAAAAUAGAAGUGGUGCAUUAUUUGCAGUUUCAGCAAUCAUUAGCCAGAGUUAACAGCUGGAUUUGUUUGAUGCUUACAAAAGCUUUAGUAACUGUUUACAUUUUACAGAGUCAAAACAAAAAAAACUCAGUGUUUUUAUGGAUAUCAUAUUUCUAUUUAGAUUGGUACAAUGUGAUAAUUAAAAUCUAAACACUGCUCCUCUGGUCAAAUUAGCAGACUGUCUGUACCUCAUUUGGUAAUUAUUUAGAAAAUCAAAUUACUGUUCAUCAUCUAAAUCUGUUCUUUUCCAGUUUGCAAACAAGAUUUUCCAAUUUAUAUGUGCAUAAGCCAAGCAAAGCUUUUGGUUAUGCACUAGUUCAUGUUAUUUUCUCUCCAUUCCCCCUUUACAAAUUAAGUAUAGUGAAAACUGUUGUGCCCCGAGUACGCUGCCAGAGUCUCUGUGAUGUUGUGGUUUCAAAGAGUGAAGUCAUUGACUAAAUAAAAGCCGAGUUGAAACACAGCAGCUGGCUGAAACUAACACAGCUCGAAGCGUUGUAUUAAAUUUGAACUACAAAUGCUCCUCAGAAACAUUUCCACAAACCCCCUUUCCCCAAGUCAAAAUAGAGAGAUAAAUGAUUUUACUCAUCCUCUAAUUUCCUUCUUUUCCUGAAUCGCUGGAACAUGUCAGGCCCCCUCAGAGUUUGGAUUGCAUAAGGAAUGAAUUAGGCCCAUGUCUUUUUGGACCAGAGCUGUCUGGCUAAGGGACAAGGGAAUGAAACUGCUUUGGAUCGAUAUGCAAAGACGUGUUUCGUUUUUGCAAGCUCUUUUGUUUCUGCUUUUGGAUUAGAGAUUCAGACAGUUUUUUGACAGUUUAACCUGUCAUUAUAAACACAAACAACUAAUUUAAGUCAACACUAUGAUUUUAAAAAUCCUUAUCAAACUAGUAUGUGGUAAACCAGGUUGUCUGUCAAGUACACUCAUUGUCACACUCUUUGGCAGAGUCACUAGUCAACCAGCAUGUCUUUGAACAUUUUUUAACUAAGCCAACCACUGUUUAAGGAGAUUAUAUAAUUACAGUAACCGGCUCAUAAUAUACUCAUCACUUUCUGACUAGCUCUGUCUGGGUGUCAAACCGACUUCUUCCUGCCAAACUGAGAGAAGAGGUGGUGCGGAAAAAUCUGCCAAAUAGCACAGUGGAAGAAGAGAGGUGAGUGUAACACAUUUCUGUGUUUUGCUACAGGUUGCUUUAUUACAGGGAUAUUCCUGCAUAAAAUUAAUUUAGGGUCAAACACACCGUAACACCGAGUUAGACUCCCCCUCGAGAGAUGGAUGUUGCCAACCGCUUGCCUUUCUAGUUAAACCAACUUUGUAUGACCGUAGAUAGCAAUACAGAGAGCCACACGCUCAACCAAAACGCCACUCUAUAGCCACAAAUAAUACUCAGAACAGCACCUAACUUCAUCAACAGUACAUAUAGGGUCCCAGCCAUAGUACUAGCCACCAAACAUCUUUUUCACUUUGCCUAAUUUCUGUAGCAAAGAGACUAAACACAACUCACCUACUCUCUUCCAGCAGCUGCUUGUUUGUAGGGGACCUCAGGCCAGUCCUUUACAGACUACAGUGGGGUGACGCAGCUCAAGAAAGAACAUUUUUUAUCAUUUCUUCAUGGAAAUCAGACCGAGACGCUAAGGCAGAAGAACUACCGCGUCUGCAGUGCAAAAUAAUUAAUAUGAUGAUUAUUACUUAAAGGAAAUGAUAAAGAAAAUGAUCUUAAGUGUUCUUCCUUGAGCUGUGUCAUCCCUCAGCAGUCCAUAAUGGACUGGCCCGAGGUCUCGCUACAAACAAGCGGCUGCUGGAAGAGAGUAGGUGAGUUGUGUUUAGUCUCUUUGCUACAGAAAUUAGGCAAAUUUAAAAAGAUGAUUGGUGGUUAGUGCUAUGGUUGGGACUCUGAGCAUUCUGAGCAUUACAUGUGGCUAUAGAGUGGCUUUUUGGUUGAGGUUUGUUUAUGGCUCCUCAGACCACUGUGUAUUGCUGUCCUGCAGUCGUUACUAAAGUUGGUAUAACUAGAGAAGCAAGCAGUUGGCAACAUUCAUCUCUUGAGGGGGUGUCUAACUCUAACGGUGUGUUCGACCCUAAAUUGAUUUUAUGCUGGAAUAUCCCUUUAAGUCUACUUAAGAUUCAUUUGUACUUCAGCGGUGACUAAAAAUAACAGACAAAUCCUUUAAUGAUGUCUAAUAUGCCUGUCAUUUGUUACAUGGCUGGGCUGCAGUGACCACAUGUAUGAGGUAAGCUCUCUAACACUCCAAAACCACUAACAACUGCUCCUUUGUGCUCCAGUUUUCACAAACUCCAGGAAAAGCGGCAAAGUCUGAUGGAAAAACUGCUCCCCAGGUCCCUUCACCAAUUUCCAAGAGAUGCAACUCCACUGCUGGUUAAAGAGAAACGAAAGGGGGACCGAUUCAGUAAAGCUCAGCAGCCUGUUUGUAGCCUAACCAUGACUGAAAACUCGGCUGCACAGCAGCGCAGUGACGCCUCAGAGCAGAGGGUUGUGGACACAGUGAAUGAUGUGAUACACAGCACAGCCGAGGCAGAGGUAAUGUCUCUGAACGUCGAGGGUGCAGGAGAGAGGCUGUUCGUGUUCAGGGACCUACCUGAGGCAGAGAACCAUGCAGAUGCAGAUGUACCUAAAAGGAAAAGGAAGAAAAACUUUCUCAAUUUGAAAAAGAAGAGCUCUGUGGCUCCAUCGGACCUCCACUGAGACAACAAGUGUUCUUUUUAAAGAUGGUACUUUAUAUCGAUAAUACUUCAAUCUAGCGAACUUUUAGUUUUGCCCUUUAGAGUAGGAAAUUCUCUGUCUCCAUUCUCAGUUUAUGUAGCAUUUGGCUUUGUGUUCAUGAGGGCAGCUGACUAACAGUUUCAAGAGUACUUAAUCUGUGUACUCCCUGAUGGGGAGUACGAUUCAAAGGGUAUGUAUGUGGUUGACAGGGGACUACUUUUUAUAAAUGUUCUUGUCUUUAAGGGUGAGGUUUUGAACUGUUGGAACAAUCCACACAAGAGCACACUUAGUUAUGAAAGAGGUACACUUGACAAAUGAGAUUUGGACUAACCAAAUCUAAACGUAUGUGCUUCAGUAAAGAAAUGUCGAAUACAGUGUUAUAAGUCAAAAAUGGGCCUGUUACUGAGUGUUAGGGGUCUGAUGUGAGGACUGUAUACCUCACUACACUCAGGAUGUUCAGGGACAGAAAACUCUGAGCUCUUUCUGUGCAGCAGUUUGGAUUCAUUUUAAUAAACCUUUUUUAAUGCUGCUAGAAA